ACUUCAAAUUUGUAACCAUAAAUAAAGAAAAUCUACUUGUAUAAAACUGAAAUAGCAAGCUGGAUUUCAAGGGGUAACAUAAUCAUGAAUAAUGCAGUAAAUGCUCCUGCUAGCCAAUUGUAUUGCGGUUAUGAUAAUGACCAGUUGCCGGCAGCCGCAUUACCGCUUGCAGUGCAUGUCAACAGUUUUCCUUUUCCUGCCUGACGCUUGUGAGUGGCACAGCUGCUAUCUAUAGUCCCACUCUAUUUUGGGACCAUGUAGACGGGACGCAAUGGAGCUCGCACAAAACUUUAUUUACUGUGCAGCUCUGGGGAAAAAAUGGCUAAUCUGCAAUCACACACUGAAUAAUCACUCGAGGGCCUGUUUGGGGAAGAAAAGAGAUCCAGGUUUAAGAGAUCAUGGAAGUGCCAGAAGGCCUGGGAAUCAACCAGGAUAUUGACGGCGAGAAUGCAACCCUUGAUCCGGGGGAAAGAGAGUGCCAGGCGGGCUGGGUGAGAGUGAGGGUGGAGGAGAGCUGGUUCACGACAGAGCGGGCUUUCCUUGCAAAGUACAGCGACUAUUUCCGUGCUCUCUUUCAGUCUGGGAUGAAAGAAAGCCAGCAGGACGAGCUCUACCUGAAAGGAGGACUGCAUGCAAGGGGUUUCCUCAUUGCCCUCGCUGUCUGUCGAGGAGAGAUUCCCGCCAUCAGUGACCCAGAAGAGCUCGAAGAAGCUGUUGAAUGUGCCGCUUUUCUGCAGGUUGCAUGUUUGGUGCGGCAUCUUUGUGACAUUAUAGACUCAGACAACUGCCUCCUGCUUUACCACGCAGCUGCCAUCUUUGGGGUGCAUUCGCUGUUUCACAAAGCCGCUCUCUUUCUCUGUGAUGCUUUUGAGGACCUCAAGGAAGCAGCAGAAACUACAAUCCCUGAAGAGCUGCUGCAGUAUUCCCAAACACUGUGUCCUUCCACUUACAUCGCCCUAGGUACACAUUCUCCUUCAUUGGAGCUGCUGCAUGACUCCUUUAGGGUUGUUUGCUACCUUGACGAAAAAGCCGGAGAGUGGAAGCAUCUGACAAACCUCCCGACUCUUUGUAGCACCUCCAUGGCUGGCGUAGCAGUGCUUGACAAUCGCCUGUAUGUCGUGGGAGGAGUUUACGGUUAUGGUAAAGACACAGUGGACAGCAGUUUCUGUUACGACCCCGAAUCAGGGGUUUGGACUACUCUUCCAGGUCCCCAGCAACCCAGAUAUGACUUCACCUUGCUCGGGCAUGAAGGCCGACUCUAUGCCAUUGGUGGAGAGUUCCAAAAGAAAAUAAUUUCUGCAGCGGAAAGCUAUGACACUUCAAAGGGAGAGUGGACUUUCAUACAACAUGCACCAAGACCUGUAGCAUCUGCAGCUUGUGCAGUUGCACGGCGGCGGAUGUUUGUUUGCUUCUGGAAACCACCAGACACCACAGACAUCUACGAGUACAUACCAGUGAAAGAUGAGUGGAAGCUUGCCACUACAAUGAUCCGACCUCAGAGCUACGGCCACUGUAUGGUAGCCCACAGGGACAAUUUGUAUGUGAUGCGCAAUGGGCCUUGUGAUGACUUUCUGCGCUGCCUAAUGGACUGCUACAACAUCACGACAGGCCAGUGGACGGCCAUGCCCGGACACUACAUCAACAGCAAGGGAGCGCUGUUCACUGCAAUGAUAAGGGGGGACUCUGCGUUCACAGUGAAACACAUGUUAACUCUUGAAUACGCCAUCACUGGAGACGCAUGGAAACCCCGCAGGCAGAUGAAGGGAUUUCCAAAGAGCGGUUCGCUGUGGACGUGUUUACUCAGGCUUCCCAAGACGGGACCAGUUAUACCACAACUGGAUGAAGAAGGAAAGGAAGAAUAAAUGUGUUUGCCAGACACAUCUGAGGGAUUUGUGGAAGCUAUACUGCACCUGUGAAAUUAGUGCACAGCUGAAAAACGAUGUGAUAUUUUUUGUUUUUAACCCUCUGAGCCCCCAAAACCUGCUGGCGGGUUUGAAAUGCAUUGUAUAGUUUUUAAAAAAUCACCAAAAUAACCCCAAUUGUUAAAGCUAGGAAGUGUAGAAACUGAAAAAAAAUGUCUGAUUUUCAGCUUUCUGACUGGUUGAACUAAUCAUGAGUGACAUGGUGUUUGGUUGGCAAAAUUAAGUAAAUGUUUGCUUAGAAUCAUGAGACUUCAUCAAAAUCAGUUUACUGUAAAUGUAAAAUGAUAUGCUCGAACUAGAUUUGUUAAAAACAAAAACUUCUGCACUUUUUUUUGGCAAAACUGAGAAGCUAUGACUGACUCAGUUGUGACCAACAGUCAUGAGACAACAAUUCAGAGACUUUUAAGGUAAACCAUGGCUUUCAGACCAGAGAGGAGACAAGCAUGGAAAUAUAUUAUAAAUAAAUUGCCUGUAGUAUGUACAGGCUCUAUUUUUUCUGGUAUUGGUCACACCUAUGGAAACUUGGAAAGAUAUUGCACAUCGCUCCAGUUUUUUAAAUGAUUGUAAAAUCAACAAUCAGAGAAAUUCAACUUGUGAUUUGUCUUUUGUGUGACUGAUGGGAUUAUAACUGUUUGACCUUAUGCACUCCAACAGUUAAAUGCAAAAGUCGUUUUUGAGUUCUUCCUAUAGCCAGCUAUUGUUGCGCUGUUUAUACAGAGCUACAGGUAUUUGUAUGGCAGUGAAGAAUGAACCCACAGUGAGUAAAAAUGCUUGGGGU